AUACAUGUACAUAUACAUUAAUUAAAACCCUCACUUUCCAUUAUUAUCAAUCUCUUCACUUCUAUCACCAAAUCCUUACAAAGAUGGCCGUGGAUACAUUGUUCUCCCUCGUGAUGUUCAUUUCCACAAUGGUCCUCAACAAAGACAAAAAUACCCUCAUCACGGCCACAUGCAGCAAAACCCCCAAUUACCCUCUGUGCGUCGCCACCCUGCAAUCCGACCCCCGGAGCUCCGCCGCCGGCGCCGACAUCGAGACUCUCGGCCUGGUCAUGGUGAGCGCCGUCAAGGCGCGAGCCACCGAGGUCACGCAGGCCAUACCACCGCUCAAGGUGGCGAAACCGGAGUGGGGCCAGCCCCUCAGCCAGUGCUACUUUUACUACGACGCCGUUUUGCGCGCCGACGUGCCCGAGGCGGAGAUGGCCCUGAAGAGAGGCGUCCCGAAGUUCGCGGAGGCGGGGAUGGCGGACGCGGCGGUGGAGGCGGCGAGCUGCGACGCCGCGUUUAAGGAUAAUGGAAUUACGGAAUCGCCCUUGAAGGAUUUUAACAAGAACGUGGUUGAACUCUCCGGUGUGGCCACGUCAAUCAUCAAGAUGUUGUUAUGAUCUUAAUUAGUUGUGUGAGAUUUGAACUUUUUUACUCUGAUUUUUAUCGUUGCUAUACUAUUAUUCUCUCUU